CCCGCGUCGUCUGCGCGCUCCUCCCUGCUCCGCGGGCCCCCGGCGCCGUCGCUGCGCGCUCGUUCUCGCCUCGCGCCCGUCAUGUCCAAGUCCCUGAAGAAGCUGGUGGAGGAGAGCCGGGAGAAGGGGCUGCCCGAAGUGGACAUGUGCGACCGGGGCAUCUCCAACCUGCCCGACGUCCCCGGCCUCUUUACUCUGUCGCACAUCACCCAGCUGGUCCUCAGCCACAACAAACUAACAACUGUGCCUCCCAAUGUGGCGGAACUGAAGAAUCUGGAAGUGCUCAACUUUUUCAAUAACCAGAUCGAGGAGCUGCCCACGCAGAUCAGCAGCCUCCAAAAGCUCAAACACCUGAACCUCGGCAUGAACAGGCUAAACACCUUGCCCCGGGGAUUUGGAUCUUUACCGGCUCUUGAGGUCCUUGACUUGACUUAUAACAACUUAAAUGAAAAUUCCCUUCCUGGAAACUUCUUCUACCUUACCACCCUGCGUGCACUCUAUCUAAGUGACAACGAUUUUGAAAUCCUGCCGCCAGAUAUCGGGAAGCUCACCAAGUUGCAGAUACUCAGCCUCAGGGAUAACGACCUGAUAUCGCUGCCUAAAGAAAUCGGGGAGCUCACUCAACUCAAGGAACUUCACAUCCAGGGAAACCGCCUGACCGUGCUGCCCCCCGAGCUGGGAAAUUUGGAUUUGACUGGCCAGAAGCAAGUGUUCAAAGCAGAGAACAAUCCCUGGGUUACCCCCAUUGCCGACCAGUUCCAGCUUGGAGUGUCCCACGUUUUCGAGUACAUCCGUUCUGAAACCUACAAAUACCUGUACGGCAGACACAUGCAGGCCAACCCCGAGCCUCCGAAGAAGAACAACGACAAGUCCAAGAAGAUCAGCCGCAAGCCCCUGGCUGCCAGGAAUAAAUGAGCCCUCGGCCGGGCCGGCCCUGCCGCUUCCUCCCUUGCCCUCUCCCGGCUCUGCCUUCCCGCCGGGUUGGCCGGAGCGGUUGCCAGCCUCGCCCGGGGAGGGCUCUGGGGAAAUGCCGAGCGGAGGGAGAAGAGGCCCCCGCUCUCACGCAGACACAGCUUCUAGCUCUCCGGAGCAGGCCCACGGCAUUGUAUUCACUCACAGAUGCGAUGGAAGCCAGAUAAUCCGUCACCGCACCAAAAUAACCGCCCUCCUCUCCCCCGGUGCUUCGCUCCGUACUCCGCUGUGCUCGUUAUGGAGAGUUCUUGCUAACUGAAACGUUGUGUUAAUUGGACUUAAAUAAAAUCUCGUUUACUCUUUCUUAA